AUGCGUACAUAUGACAACGAUGCCCGCGUCCCCACGCCGUCGACGUCUGAUCGCUCGGACGUCGUUCGUUGGAGUACCACUUCUUUACCGAGAGACUCGACCGAAAAGAACUCGAUCGGCGUCCCGCUCUCCGUCGUCGUGCGCCCGCUCUCCGCCAACGCGGCGUGCGCGCGCAUCACCGACGCUCGGAAGCCUGAUCGAAUCGCUCGGUGCACGUCGUGUUUCGGAUACGUGAGCGCGUAUUGCGUCGUCGACCACAGAGGGUUCGCGUGCGGGACGUGCGCGUCGUACACGCCUUGGAGAGAUGCGUCAAGAGGGAAGCGGUACGCCCGUGGAUUGGCGUCGAUUCAAGAUUUACCGGAGAUACGAAGCGAGACAUACGAGUUUGACGUCGCUGUGGAGGAGAUAUCGCUCGGUGGGGGCGAUGCGGCGGAGACGGAGGUGCUGGAGGAGAACGAUUGGCGACGGCGAGCGGUUAGAAAUGAAGCAAACGGAAUGCGGAUGUCAAACGGUCGAGCCGUCGUGGCCGUAGUCGAUCUGAACGAAGCAGACGAAGAGUAUUGUGAGUUGCUUAAGUUGGCUCUGUCGAGCGCGAUGGAGGCGCUGGAUGGGGAGGACGCACGAUUCGCCGUGGUCACGUUUCGAGGCGAAGUCUUAGAGGCGAUCAGUUUCCGUGACCUCGAAUGCGGUGACGGUCAUACAGAAAGGGUGAGCUUGACUUUCUUCGACUCCAAUCCGAAUCCGAGAAAGCACGGGUUCAUUCGUUCCGUUCGAGACGUCGUGUCGGGGAUUGAGGACGUUUUGACCAAGCUCACACCGGAUCGCAAGAGCGUCAUAGAGCAAGCAAUUGAAACUCUCAUCGUCAGCGACGAGAACAGCGUAUCGGAGCGAAUUUUCGGUCCAGUACUGGAAGAGACGUUAUCGGUCGUAGAACAGGCGAUUGAUGAGGGUCUGAUAUCGAGCGCAAGGAUUCUUACGUUUCUUCGAGGUGGCCCCAGUCGCGGCGUUGGAAGCUGUGACAUCAGUCGACUUCCCAAAUCAGUGGCAGACGUCUUGAUUCGAGAAUCAGCCGCUAAACCGACGUUGGAGGAUUUUGAGUUCGCUUCUCGCGAGGCGGAGGCACUGAUGUUCCCGGCGCACGACUACUACGAGAGCGUCGGCGAACGUUGCUUAUUGCUCGGCGUCGAAGUGGAUGUCAUCAUGACGUGCGACGAGUUCGCGGAUUUAAGCACUCUGGCGCCUCUGGCUGAGAAAAGCGGGGGUAAUGUCUCACUGUAUCUAAACUCUCGGAAAAUUCCCAUCGUGGGCGAUGUCUAUCGCUUGCUUCGACACGAGAAGGCGAUAAACGCGACUUUGCGCGUGCGCACGACAGCGGAUUUAGAAAUCGCCAAUGCUUACGGUGCUUUGCACGCCGACAAGGCCUAUUCAGGGUUGUUCCACAUCGCUUCGUGUGGAUUGAACGAUGCAUUUUGUUUCGAUUUCGAUUAUUCCACGAGUGCAGGUCUUGAGGAAGAUCUCAACCGUGGUCAUCCAAAGAUUCAGGUGGCGUUCGAGUACACGUGCAUCACGCGAGAUGUUGAUGAACACACAGGCGCCAUAGUCGCCGUUCAGCGGCGGCGCCGCCGGCGUAUCCACACGUGUCGCGCGAACAUCGCCAAAAACCCGCGAGAUGUGUAUCGACACGUGGACGUCAACGCGAUGAUGUGCGUGCUGGCGCGCCAAACAUCUCUCAUGGCGUGCGAGGAAGGCUUGACCGAGGCGAGGCGGGCGCUGGUGGACUGGUUUCUAGAGUUCGACGCAAAUGCCAAACGUGAGAACACGUCCUGGCCUGAGCUUGGAUCUGAGAUCGUUCCACGUCUGGUAUAUGGGCUUUUAGCAUCCAAGGUCUUUUAUCCCAUCGGAGCACGCCCUGAUGAGCGGACGUUUGCGAGACUGCGGAUGAUGCGUCUCAACGCCGACGACAGCGCGAGGAUGAUGUAUCCGGAUUUAAGAGCGUUCGUCGAGAAGAACGGCGUUGGCGGCAACGAAAACGACGAUGUUUAUCACAUAGAUCGGCGCUCGACGAUGUUUGCGAGAGGUCGACUUCACCUUCGUCGAGAGUCACUCGGCGAGACGAACGGUGGGAUUCUCUUCUUACGCUCCGCCGACGAGCUCGUCGUCAUUUACCACGACGCAGAAUCGUGCCCACCGCCGUUCGGCGGACCACUCGAUCGAGAAAUUCGUCGUAUUUGUGACUCACAAACGCUCGCCAUGAAGAUCACAUACGUUCGUCUGGGUUUGGACGAUCCUGCGCCUGCAGAUGCACUCCUGUUUGAACACGCUGAGAGUGAGUUCACAACCAUGGGCGCUGGGCUCGAAGGUUUCGACGCGUUUCGACAGUUCUGUCGUCUCCAGAUGGACAAGACGGGACAAAUAGCUUGA